AUGCAUAAAAUUAGAGCACGGCAAAGUCGUCUCACGCUGCCAUCACGUCUGCCAUCGUGGUGUCAGUGUGAACCCAUACGUCUCAAAUGUCCACUUGGUCCAGCUGGCCCUCCUGGACGCCGAGGAGCACCUGGUUUGAAGGGAGAACGAGGUCCACCCGGACGCGAUAAUUUCAACAUUUAUAAACCCAUUGAGUGUGCCCCACGAGACACGGCUUGUGUGCGAUGCCCUUCUGGUCCUCCAGGAUUCCGUGGUAGCCCAGGAAAGGAGGGUUCUAAAGGACCACCUGGUCCUCCAGGCUCACCGGGACUGACAACAAGGACUGGACCCCGCGGUCCACCUGGGCCUGAAGGAGACGCCGGAGUUCCAGGCCAACGAGGUGAGCCUGGCAAAGUUGGCGCUCCAGGAAGAAAUGGUGUCAUUUCGGUAGGAAGAAGAGGUCCCCCAGGUCCUCCAGGAAAGGACGGCGAACCUGGUAAGCCCGGCAAGCGUGGUUUCCGUGCCCAAGAUGGGCUGCCUGGUGCUAUGGGACCACCAGGAUUACCUGGAUAUAGAGGAGAGACCGGCAAGCCAGGACCACGAGGUAUACAAGGACGUCCUGGAGUACCAGGAUCGGAUGCCGGAUAUUGUACAUGCCCACCUCGAACAACUCUGUUCAAAAAGAUUUCGAAAGUAUAG